UCGGCUGCCGUGGCUUCUGCUUUGCUGAGCCGGGACGCCGCGAUCGGCCUGUGGGCUGCACCUUCGCAGGCUGCUGCUCCCCAAGAAUCCGCACACCGGCGCCCGCCCGAGCUUUGCCAUUCGCUUACAGCCGUCGCCGCGGGCGGAGCCUGCAAACCUGCCCUCGCGCCCCGCUCUCCCAGCUCUGCUCAGCUUGGCGGUCGGAGCCCUAGCGCAGCAUCCUUUGCCCGCUCAUGCUGCAGCUGGUGACUAGCGGCAAGUCUGCGGCUGGAGCCUGCCGCUCAACGACCUCAACCUGGUCCCCGCGCGUCUCCUGAACCGCUCCCCAUGAUGGCUGAGCUUGGAGUCCCGCGUCCCGCUUUGGCUCGGCUGGGACCACUCCGCUCUAGGUGCCCCCGGUGCCCCCGCUGAGCCGCCCCAGGCGGGGGGAUCUCAAGGCCCGGGCGCCCCUAACCGUCGCAACCCCCACCCCCCGCCGCGCCCUUCCUCCCCGCCUGCUCCACUGCUGCUCCCCGGGGCUAGGGGCUAGGGGCUAGGGAACCCAGACAAAGCCCCACUUUGUGCCGGAGGCGGGCGUGGAAUGUGCGCGCCGGCGCGCGCCCCCUCCCCUCCCCACCAGCUGCUAGACUCGGCUCCCGGAAGGGUCGCGACGGAGAAGUCGCCCCCGGCGCCGCGGUCUCCUCUUGUAUCUCCCGCCCCCGGGGUCCAGACUCGGAGCUCACGCGGGCCCCCUCCGGUCGCCCCAGUGUGAGUGUGCAAGGAUUUCAUAGAGGAAUUUUUUUUUCUUUCCAAAACUUGGAGUGGGCACUGGUGCCUCGGCCGACCUUUUCAGCGUGGCUGCAGGUCUAAGCAGUCUGGCCUCAGUCUCCCCAACCCGACCCCUACUUUUCUCCUCCAGGCCACCCUAGAUCGCUGUGGGUCAUUGUUCUCGCCGCCAAAUGGGGGUGCUUUGUACAGGGUGCCAAGUUGGGGUUUUUUCUCUUCAACUCGUUUUCCAAACAAAACAAGGCCUCUAAAGCCGACCCUGGGCAACCCACCUGGCCAUCACUCCAGGUUGAUGCGCUGAUUCUUUCUUACCAAAUAGUAUUUUAUUGUGCAGGAGCCACGCCCUGGUUUCUUAAAGGCGCCAGGCACUGUUUGACCAUGUGUUAUCUCUAUAGCGGGUGUGUGGAAGGCCUCCUGUGAGGCACUUAUUUUUCCCGCCUCCUGAUACAUCCUCCCACCCCCCGUCGAGGAUUUAGGGAUGCCAGGGGGAAAGAAGGUGGUCUCCAGUGGCAGCAGCGGUGCCUCCCCGAACGCAGCCUCCGCCACCGCUGCUGCCGCUGCCUCCCACUCCGGCAUUAAACGUUUGGAGACCAGCGAAGGGGCCUCAGCACAGAGAGACGAGGAACCGGAGGAGGAAGGGGAAGAGGAUCUACGAGAUGGUGGUGUCCCUUUCUUCAUCAACCGUGGUGGACUGCCAGUAGACGAGGCUACCUGGGAAAGGAUGUGGAAGCAUGUGGCCAAGAUCCACCCAGAUGGAGAGAAAGUGGCUCUGCGGAUCCGUGGGGCCACGGACCUGCCCAAGAUUCCCAUACCAAGUGUGCCUACUUUCCAGCCAACGACGCCCAUCCCUGAGCGCCUGGAAGCCGUGCAGCGCUACAUCAGGGAGCUGCAGUACAAUCACACAGGAACACAGUUCUUUGAAAUUAAGAAGAGCAGACCUCUGACAGGGCUGAUGGACCUGGCCAAGGAAAUGACCAAAGAGGCUCUGCCAAUCAAAUGCCUGGAAGCUGUGAUCCUGGGAAUUUACCUCACUAACAGCAUGCCCACCCUGGAACGCUUCCCCAUCAGCUUCAAGACCUAUUUCUCAGGGAACUACUUCCGCCACAUUGUGCUGGGGGUGAACUUUGGGGGCCGCUACGGAGCCCUGGGCAUGAGCCGGAGGGAGGACCUGAUGUACAAAGCUCCAGCCUUCCGCACACUCAGUGAGCUCGUGCUGGACUACGAGGCGGCCUACGGCCGCUGCUGGCAUGUGCUGAAGAAGGUAAAGCUGGGCCAGUGUGUGUCCCACGACCCCCACAGUGUGGAACAGAUUGAAUGGAAGCACUCGGUGCUGGACGUGGAGCGACUGGGGCGGGAAGACUUCCGCAAGGAGCUGGAGCGGCAUGCCCGGGACAUGCGGCUUAAGAUUGGCAAGGGUCCUCCUUCUCCCACCAAGGACCGGAAGAAGGAUGUUUCUUCCCCACAGAGGGCCCAGUCCAGCCCCCACCGCAGGAACAGCCGCAGUGAGAGGAGGCCUUCGGGGGAGAAGAAGCCUGCAGAGCCCAAAGCCAUGCCAGACCUCAAUGGGUACCAGAUCCGGGUGUAAGGCAGAUGCUAGAACCCCUGGGCCUCUUCUGCUUCUGGAGGCCCAGAGCCACCUGCAGGAAAGAACCUACUUCAUUCAAGCAGGGGCUGGUGAUGGAGUGGGUUGGGGUUGGGGGGAGGCAAGAAGGAUGCCUCGUGGUCCCCCUCCCCAGGUGACUUCCCUUUCCGUGGAGCCAAGCCCCUUACUUUGGGCCAAGAAGCAGUAUUUCAUUUGGAGUUUUAGCUCUACAACGGAAGUUUAGGUAUUUGGAGGAAAAGACAGAUGGGCACGCUGGUAGCUAUCGCAGCCUGCUCUCUCUGAGCACUGUGUGGCUUGCGUGGGGAGGCUUAAUGGCUUGGUGGUGCUCCUUCUCUCCGCAGUGCUCGGCAUUUUCGAGCCCCACCAGCCUGUGGGGUGAGGGUGGGGUGGGCUAGGAAUGGAAGUGUUCCUCCGGCUGGGCCUGUCCUGGCAGAAUCAUGACGCCGGGAAAAGGAAGCAGGGUAGGGGUUCUCCUGAGAAAUGACUAUUUCUCAAGUCAGGAACUUGGCAGAAGCCACAUCUGCCUAAGGUGGAAGCCAAUAGCCCAGGAAAGCCCUCAGGGCAGUGUGACUCUUCAGACAGUACUGUG